AUGAAGUCAUCGUCCAGCGUUUCAGGAACUGUCUAUCCACUAGGUCGGGCUGCUGCUUCUGCAUUGAUUGAAACAAAUGGUUGUGGGAUGGGGUCUAGUCUGGUGUAUAUGCCGCGUGUUGGAGAACCUCCCAUCCCACGUUCAAGAGGUCUUCUGAGUAGCAACGCGAGCAACGUGAGGGAUCUGUGCCUUGCCCUCGGAGCCAAAUCUGUCUACUACGUCCUCGCACUGAUCGUCUCCUACCUCCUCGAGCCGAAGCAUGCCUUUUUCAUCGUCCAACUGCUCAACCGCAUCCUCCUCACCCAGCCGGCGUUGAGCGACUUCCGUGAUUACCUGCGUGGAUUCGAUCCUGUGGUAAUUUGCCCUCACUCCCGUCUCGGCGUCUUCGAGCAGCUCUACCGUGCGUGGUGUCACAACCCCGUGGCUCUCCUCUCGCUCUGUCUCCUCACGCGAAAUUACAACCACUGUCGGAAGUUGAUCAAUGGAGAAUUGGCCGUUUCGGUGGAAGUCUUGGUGGAGAUGGACCAGCUAAUUCAGCUGUUGGAGUCGCCGGUGUUUGCGAGUGCGUUGCUUUGCUCUCUCUCUCUCUCUCACUUUCACCACUUGGAGCUCGCGUCAGUUAGGGCCUUUCUCAUUGCAGGCCUGAGGCUCCAUCUGGUCGAUAGGCGGUACAGCGCAGCCCUACAGGAGACCCUCUACUGCCUUCUCAUGUGUCUUCCACAGACAGAGGCCUUCGAGACGCUCAGGCGUCGACUGCAGUGCCUUCCGAGCCACACACUUGUCGAGGCCGAGGUGUAUGUGCUAUCCUUAUUCGUCCCCCUCCCCACCAAUUUCAAUUCCCUUAUUGUGCCGCCUUUCGAAUUGAUCGCAUUAUCUGAGGUAUGUAUUGGUUCGAUCUUCCUUUGUCUAACUUUAGUCCCGUGA